AUGGAGGAGAUGUACAGGCGCGAGAUGCAGGAGGUGUUGGGCCAGGAGCAGCAGGCGUUCGGGGUCGAGGUAGACGCCAGCGGGUCUUCGCAACCACUCCCAGACCCACAGCUAAGGCCGAAGAGAGAUGACGAGCCGGCGGUGGAUACGUCUGUGAGGGAGGCGAUCGGAUGCCUGAUGUGGACGAAGCUGACGAGGCCAGACAUCGCCCUGUCUCUGAACAAGCUCCAACAGAUCACCCACUCACCCACCGGGAGGAUAUGGAACGCGCUUGAGCGGAUCAUGUCCUACCUGAACUUCACGAAGGACUUCGGCAUCACCUACGUACGGGGGUCAGGACAAGACCUAAGCGUGUUUGUCGAUGCCAGCUACGCUGACAACGAAGUAGACAGGCGUUCUACGACCGGGCUAGCUGGCGUGAAGGAGGCGUUGUUUGUGCGUGGCGUUCUGUCGUUAAUAGCGUCCGAGACGAGUGGGGUGAAGAUCAAGGUCCUUGAGGACAACACAGGGGCUCUCGCCUUAAUCGAGAACCCGUUCAGCUCAGCGAGGAGCAAGCACAUCGACGUGCGGUUUCAUUUCAUUCGCGAGCUAUUCAAGUCGGGCAAGGUCACUGCAGAGUAUGUUCCGACUGGAGAACUGCACGCCGACAUGCUGACCAAGUGUAUUAACUUCAGACGGUGA